AUGUCUUUCUUUCGACGGCAUCCGGCACUUGAGGCAGCAUCCCAGGAGGACGCUCCUCAUGCAAACAACAACGAGGAUGACGAAAUGAUCGAUCCAGCCCUUCGCCUUCGAACCGUCCGCACCGCGGCAUCUGUCAUUGCUGAGUCUGUACGCACCGAAAAUCGGCGAGAGAGAUGGAGGCGAAGACACGGCUGGAGUAUGCGCCGAAAAGGGAGCAGUAAAAGUGGACGAAGCAUCCUACGACCAUGGGCUCAUGAGGAUUCUACCCAGGAUCCGAGGGAUAUACCAGCGUCUGAAUCUGCCGGAAAUCAAGGCGCCAAACAUACAGGUUCACGUAGAAAUAUUUAUAUGAACACCUCUUUGUCCCCAUCCGAAUUAGACAACAAAGGAGAGCCUAAAGUGCGAUUUCCAAGGAAUAAAGUUCGGACGAGCAAGUACACGCUUUUCACUUUCCUCCCUAAGAAUUUGGCGGAGCAGUUCAGCCGGAUUGCUAAUCUGUACUUCUUGGUGAUGGUCGUUCUUUCCAUUUUUCCCGCCUUCGGUGCUGCGGCACCCCAAAUCUCCAUGCUCCCUCUUGUCUUCAUCAUUAGUGUUACCGCUCUCAAAGAUGGUAUCGAAGACUACCGACGCGCCCAGCAGGACGACCUCGUGAACAAUUCCCCCGCCACCAAGCUCGGUGAUUGGAGGAAUGUCAAUCAACCCAAAGAUCCACGCACAUGGUUGGAGCGGACUUUCCGACUAGCUCCUCCUCCGGGCACAGUGACUAAGGGUGUACGCAAGCUGCGAGAGAAGGAGGCGUCUGAAUCCAUUGCUAUCAUCCUGAGACGUGAGGGUGAAUUUCAGAUUGAGGGUUCUAAUGGGCCAGGUGAAAUCCCUGCCCAACAUGAUCCAUCAUUCCCAUACCCUCCUGGUCAUCCGAAUGCGAACGUGUCUGUAUCAGCAAUCAUUCCUGAUGAAUCGGGGCGGUCACCUGUUGCUAAUUCUUCACAAUAUGCCAUGUCUACGCGGGCGCAAAGUAGUGACGGCGUCAUCGACUGGGAUACCCAGAUCACAGGGGCAGCUCACUGGGAACGAACCCUCUGGAAGAAGCUGGAGGUCGGCGAUGUUAUCCUCUUACGGGAGAAUGAUCAAGUGCCUGCCGACAUCGUUGUGCUCUCGACGUCUGACCCCAAUGGCUUAUGCUAUGUCGAGACGAAGAAUCUCGAUGGAGAAACGAAUCUCAAGCCGCGACGUGCAUUGAAGGCCACUUCAUCCAUGUUGUCCGAAGAAGACGUUGAACGGUCUGCCUUCAUUCUGGACGCCGAGGCCCCUCAUGCUAAUUUGUACUCCUUCAACGGCGUGCUCAAAUACCGCUUAAAGCCUUCCGCUGUCAAUGUUACCCCCUCCGCCCUUUUACAACAGGAGCCCGUGACGAUCAACGAACUGCUCCUUCGUGGUUGUGCGGUGCGUAACACAAAGUGGAUUAUUGGCCUAGUUGCGUUCACCGGAUCCGACACUAAAAUCAUGCUGAACGGUGGGGAAACGCCCCAUAAGCGUAGCAAGAUUGAGACGGAGACGAAUUUCAAUGUCAUUGUAAACUUUGCCCUAUUGAUAUCACUGUGCUUGAUCGCUGCUCUUGGGAAUGGGUUUUAUUAUCAAGACGCGGACACGAGUGGAGAUUUUUUCUACGAAACGAACGCCGCCCCGUCGACAAUUCCUUUUGUCGACGCAAUCUUUACUUUUGCGUCUGCCCUCAUUGCUUUUCAGAAUAUCGUGCCUAUAUCUCUCUUCAUCUCGAUCGAACUCGUUAAGACCAUUCAGGCGUACUUCAUCAAUCAGGAUAUUGACAUGUAUCAUGAGCCCCUCGACACCUCUUGCGUACCGAAAACAUGGAACAUCUCCGAUGAUCUAGGCCAAAUAGAGUACAUCUUCUCGGACAAAACAGGGACACUGACCCAGAACGUGAUGGAGUUCCAGAAGUGCUCAAUUAAUGGAGUUGCUUAUGGGGAUGGUAUCACAGAGGCCAUGCGAGGUGCCGCUGUCCGUGAAGGCGUGACACAAAGUAUGACGGUCCAGGAACAAGACGAGCACAUCCGACUACUUAAGGUGCAAAUGAUCUACACCAUGGAAGGGGCCUUCAGUAAUCGAUACCUGCAAAAGGACAAACUCACCCUCAUUUCAACCAAGCUUGCGGACGAGAUGGCAAAUCCGGAUUCUCCCCAGCUACCUCACAUAAUCGCUUUUUUUCGCGCUCUCUCUAUCUGUCAUACCGUCUUAGCCGAAAAACCGGAACCUCAUGAACAACCCUUCCUUGUCACUUACAAGGCUGAAUCGCCCGAUGAAGCUGCGCUGGUCGGAGCUGCCCGCGAUGCUGGUUUCCCAUUUAUUUACAAAGGAAGCAAGGGCAUCGACAUCGAGGUUCUGGGUCAAUUAGAGCGCUAUGCCCCCCUGCGCGUUCUCGAGUUCAAUAGCACACGUAAGCGGAUGAGCGUCAUCGUUCGGAAUCCUGAGGGUCGUAUUGUCCUUUAUUGCAAGGGCGCUGAUAGCGUCGUCUACGCCCGUUUGGCGGCUGAUCACGAUCCUGAUACGAAGGAACGCACUGCCAGCGACCUUGAUGCUUUUGCAAAUGGCGGUCUGCGAACUCUCUGCGUAGCAUACCGAUACUUAGAGGAAGGAGAGUACGAAAAAUGGGUGAGGGCCUAUGAUGCUGCUGCGUCUGCGGUGGAAGAUCGAGAAGAGGAAAUCGAGAAGGCCUGCGACAUGAUUGAGAGAGAUCUUCACAUCUUAGGUGCCACAGCUUUGGAAGACAAGCUGCAAGUAGGUGUGCCCGAGACCAUCAAGACACUCCAUCAAGCUGGUAUCAAGCUCUGGAUCCUCACUGGUGACAAGGUUCAGACCGCUAUCGAGAUCGGUUUUAGCUGCAAUCUUUUGACGAACGCAAUGGAGAUCAUGAUCCUUUCAGCUGACUCGUCGGACACGGCAAGACUUCAGAUUGAGGCCGGCUUGAACAAAAUUGCAUCCAUGAGUGGACGUGGCAGUGCCAACGGGGAACCUCGGCACAGUGGUGGAUUUGCUGUCGUCAUAGAUGGUGACACGCUGCGAUACGCUUUGGAUCCCACCUUAAAACCGCUAUUCCUCAAUCUCGGUAUUCAGUGCGAAACUGUUGUCUGUUGCCGUGUAUCUCCUGCCCAAAAGGCUCUUACCGUGAAAUUAGUGAAAGAGGGACGCAGUGCAAUGACGUUGUCCAUUGGAGAUGGGGCCAACGAUGUUGCCAUGAUUCAAGAAGCUAAUAUUGGCUGCGGUUUAUUUGGACUUGAGGGGUCCCAGGCUGCUAUGUCAGCCGAUUAUGCGUUCGCGCAGUUCCGUUUUCUAGCCAAGUUGGUACUUGUCCAUGGAAGAUGGUCAUAUCAGCGCAUUGCUGAUAUGCACAGCAAUUUCUUCUACAAGAAUGUGAUAUGGACAUUGGCAAUGUUUUGGUUCCUCAUUUUUUGCAACUUUGAUGCGACGUAUCUUUACGAUGCAUCAUUCAUCAUCUUGUAUAAUGUUGUGUUUACAUCGCUUCCGGUAAUAAUUCUUGGAGCUUUCGAUCAAGACCUGAAUGCAAAGGCAACACUCGCGUUUCCUCAGCUGUACAAGCGAGGUAUUCUCGGACUUGAGUACAGCAGACUCAAGUUUUGGACCUACAUGUUUGAGGGCCUGUAUCAAUCUCUCGUCGUAUUCUUCGUCCCAUAUUUCUUUUGGUCGAUUGGUCCAGCUGCGUCGCAUAAUGGUCGUGGCAUUGAAUCACUAUCUGAUUUCGGUACAACUGUUGCUGUGGCCGCGAUUUUCUCUGCAAACCUCUUCGUCGGAUUGAGUAAUCGAUAUUGGACCAUCUUGACCUGGAUAGUGAUAAUUGGAUCAAUGCUAUCGUGCAUUGUGUGGAUUGCCGUAUAUUCUCAGUUUGAUACUUUCACCGAUGAGAUCAACAUCCUUUUCAGUACGACGAGCUUCUGGAGUGCUGUCUUUUUCAGCGUUGUUAUUGCGAUUGGCCCUCGCUACCUUGCAAAGGCCUGGUCCCAAAUUUAUUCCCCCCUAGACAAGGAUAUCAUUAGAGAAGCAUGGGUUGCGGGAGACCUCAAAAAGCAAUUAGGGAUCCGACACCGCUACCGCAAAAACCGUGAUCCGGAAGACGCAGGCUUUUUAGACAAGGAGCAAUACAGUGAUGAGAGCGAGCGUAACUCUAAUGCUGAACCAGCCCCGUUGUUCUCAGGGGAUACAGGCGGACGUAGAGAUAAUACAUCCCAUAGAACCCUGACUCCGGCGCCAGCAGCGUCUCAGAAUUCAAGAACAUUGACCCCUCUUGGCGGCAGCGGGAACACUGCCUCUCCAUCCGCUUCAUACAGCUCUGCUUCGGCAAUCCCUGUCCCAUCCCCACAAAUACAGCAUGCAUCGCCACCGUAUCCAUCCCCCCAAGUACACUCUGGCAUUAUUCGUGGUUACGUCCCGGAGGACGUGGAGAUGCGCCCGGUUCGGUCAACCGCUGGCUCUCCCCCUUCAGAACCAUUGGAUCUAGUCCAGCCUUCCUAUUAUGACCAGCGUGACGUCGGCCUUGCUCACUAUCAAGAUCCUCCGAAUCCUCAACCGCAAGAUAAUGGUGGAUAUAGUGUACCUAGAGCGCUGUAG